AUGUUGGUGUUCCAAAUACCAAUAUGGCGGACGGGUGCUAGUCACCAACAAGAUGACAAUGGAUCUCAGCAAUACACCACAAUGAUCUCACAGAGAAAGUCGAAGGAAAGGCAAAAACGACAGGCGGAAUUGCAACAACAGGAACGUUUACUGAAGCUACAGAAAUUGAAGGGGCCUGGAGUCCUCAUUGCCGACUUUGCUUCUGAGAUUGUUGAGAUUGAAAGCUUGAAUACUUCAGAGGCAGAGCAAGUUCAAGAGCAGACAGUAGACUUGCAACCAGACGAGCAAUUAACACAUGACUGCUCUACACAAACAGAGGCUUUUGAUCAUUUAUAUCGGUCUGUCGUGUCUCCCUCUGUUAAGGACUGUCGACGCACUGAUGCCUCUACUCAAACAGAAGAGUUUGGCUACUUGUUUACCCAUUCAUCGACAAGCAAGCCUUUCAUGCAGAAUUAUUUUAGGGAUGAUAACGCGAAAGUGUCAUUCUACACAGGCCCGCCAACAUACGAAGUGCUAGAAGCCACUUCUAUUCAUGUUUCACCUUCUGUCAAACGC